AUGUUCACAUUCGCCCUGAUCGCCUUAUCAUCCUUAUCGUCCGCUAGAGAGGUCGUCUUCCCUCCGGUGGCCGCCGUCCACUCCUCCGGUCAAUUGCCUCUGGGACAUCAUGACACGAUCGAUAUCACCUCCAAAAGCCAGUUCUCGGGGUUGACGACCUUUGCGCACCUUCCGUAUGUCAACUGCUUUCUGGACGAGGAGUCUAGCAAACAGCCUUAUGACAUUGCUAUAAUGGGAGCUCCGUUCGAUACGGCCGUCACUUUUCGUCCCGGGGCCCGGUUUGGUCCCGGAGGAAUCCGUCUUGGCUCUCGUCGACUCGGUGGCUGGAGUAUCUACACGGGCGAAAACAUCUACGAGGACAGCUGGGCGAAACUAGUCGAUUGCGGAGAUGCACCGCUCACGUGGCUCGAUAAUACCGUCGCACUGAAGCAGCUGGACCUGGCUCACAAGGUUGUGUCUUCCCGUUCUGCCAACACUACUCAAAUGGGACGCGUCCCUCGUAUCAUCACGCUGGGUGGUGAUCACACGACGACUCUUUCGGCGUUGAGAUCCACCUAUGACAAUUGGGGGCCUGUGUCGGUGAUUCAUUUCGAUAGUCAUAUAGAUACUUGGGAUCCGGAGGUACUGGGUGGUGGAAUAUCUCACUAUGCUGGCGUCAACCAUGGCACGUUCCUGCAUAUAGCCCACGAGGAGGGGUUGAUCCGAAACUCUUCAAUUCACGUUGGACUCCGAGCCCCCGUCAACGCUGGGAAAACGGACAUCCGCAAUGACAUCCGUUGUGGGUUUGACAUGAUCAAAGCACGAGACCUCGACCGAAUCGGCAUUAACGGCGUGAUCGAACAAAUCAAGUCUCGUGUCAGGAAUAGUCGGGUUUACAUUUCUGUUGAUAUCGACGUGUUGGAUCCGGCUUUUGCACCAGGAACCGGCACGGCGGAACCCGGCGGAUUCACCAGCCGCGAGCUUCUUUCUAUUCUUGACGGUUUGCGUGGGCUUCCUGUUAUCGGAGGUGAUGUGGUUGAGGUCGCGCCGAUUUAUGACACCGCUGGCGAGACUACGACGUUGGCGGCUGCUGAAGUGGUUAAUUCGUUGCUGGCUUUGAUGGUUGCUACUCCUGUUUCUGCGUGA